UGGAAUCAACCACCGUCAGGUCUCUAUAGCGUCGUUCAUAUCAUGUUUUAUUCGAAUCAUCGAAUUAUGAUGACUGGAACCUACCGCCAUACUCCGAUCACCGAGGAGCGGAAUAUUCGGAUUCUGCAACUUCAACCCGCAUCUCAAGGCAGCCAACUCCAGUGCAAACUCCUAGAAGUCAGUCUCGACGACGCGCCGAAAUACCGCGCUCUUUCCUACGUUUGGUCCUCGGGACCCAGCGUGUCAUAUUCUCUGUGAUGGCAAGCGUCUCCAAAUCACGUCUAAUUGCGAGGGUGCUCUUCUUCGGCUUCGACAUCGGAAAAUGCCACAGCUUUGGUGGAUCGAUGCUAUUUGCAUCGAUCAAACGGUAGAAGCCCUUGAUGAACGGAGCAACCAAGUACGCAUGAUGAGCGAAAUUUAUACCACGGCCCACGAAACUGUGGCAUGGAUGGGGGAUGGAAACAGCUCCACGAAAAGUUGUAUGCGAAUUCCUGGCCUCCUUGGACCAAUAAGUAGAUCCCGUAUAUAUCAGGCUACCAAGCAAGAUUUAAUUCCUAAACUAUUAGCACUUGUUGGAUAUUCUGAAGAACUCCACACACAUGGACUACGCGCCUUGAUUAAAAACGAGUAUUUUGAACGCGUGUGGACUCUGCAGGAGCUUUGUCUAUCUCCUCGAAGUUCUGUUCAAUGUUGCACUACGAAGAUAUCUUGGAGAGCAUUCGGUAACGGCGCAUUGAGCUUACUGGAGAUGCGAACGUUGGAUCAUAUUCAUGAUGGCCGCUACUAUGAAGGCGUUUUCUUCUACCGGAUGCUUUGGGCCUGGCUACGUCAUUCUAAGGACACCGAAGUAUUGCGUUCACCAUAUAGUCUUCCUCUCGAACCACUUCUUCUUCUUCCUUUUACCGUCUCCUUGAAAGCCACAGACUCUAAGGAUAAGGUCUUCGCACUCUACGGUAUCUUCCAGAGACUAUUCAUUUCAGUCCCUCUACCUGACUACACGGAUUCUAUCUGUCGAAUCUACGCUGAGAUAGCUUUCAGCGCCAUCAUGAUGACCGAAACUCUACAAAUUCUCGAAAGUGUUGAUAGCGAGAUGCGACUAGCCGACUUGCCUUCUUGGGUCCCAGAUUGGAGUGCACACGACCCUUACAUGCGUCUCCCGCGUCUGCGCACUCGAGCAUCGAAGUGGUCCACACCCGAGGCGAGACGUUUGGAUGAUAGAAGAACACUUACAUUGCGCGGAAAAGUUGUCGGGAAUAUCAGGGAUCGAGGAGUUCCAAUGCUUAAGCACAGCGCUGAGGGUGGCGGGUCUCCAUUUACGCCAGCAUCACUUUACUGCAUCACAGUUCUGCAAGAAUGGAUUCGAUUUGCUGUUUCUCCCGACGUAUACGAUGAUGAAUUCUCUGUUCUGCGUCAUCCUUUAUUUGAGAUCCUCGAUGAAAUAAACGUUCCUAAACACCCGCACGAAAAAGCCUUAGACGAAAGAAUUAUUUAGUUCAAUUGCCUGAUGUCUCAAUCUCCUGGAGGCACGAAACAAUUAGAAGAG